AUGACCGAUUCACACGGAUUGCAGUCGCCAGAAGUGGUGGUUGAAAAAUACACAAUAUCAAAAAAGAAGUCAUCAAUCGGGUUUGAAAUUGGCAACAAUGUAACUGUGCAGCUGAGUGUGUCAUCUGAUGUCGAUAACGGGAGAGAACGGGAUUCGUCCAAUGUGCAUACGAAAGUCAUCAUGGAUCACAAAGGAGAAAUUCAAUAUUUGCGUGGAGGCAUUCUGUCAUCGAAUGGACCAAUUGUAGGAUUUCGUUCAAUUCAUGAAUCCGUCGGAGAAUCCCUGAAUCUGAUCAACUUGCAAACGAAGCAGAGGCAUAGAUUCAAGGACUUUCCUCACAGAACCAUCGAUUUGGCAUUUGCUCAUCACCACAAGUUCCUUGCUGUACUCAAUGCUGAUUUGUCCCUUUACGUUUUUGAAGUGUCAGAUAGUUGCGAGCCAAAGAAAUAUAUCUCAAUCAACAAUUGGCCGUCAUCUCCAUCUCAAGAUGAUCAGCCUCGUCUGUCGUGGUGUCCAUACAUUCAAGGAGAUGAUGACGACGACGAAGCAAGUCACAUGAUUGCAGUAUAUUCAGGAAAACAAUUGUACAUUGUUAACAUCGGUAUUCUGAAAGAUGCGGGCUUAGGCGACGACAUAGAUUUUGACGAUGCGAGAAAGGAAGAAGGAGGGCUUUUCUCACAUUGCUUCAAUAACCAAGCUGAAAACAAGGAUGUUCGAAUCUCAUCAGUCUGCAUAUCUCCUGAUUCGACAGCUGUUGCCGUUGCAAAAACAGAGGGCCCAGUUCAAUUUUUCACUUUCAACGAAGAAAGUAAUACUUUGAACGACGCUCAUUGUUUUGAACCAAGAGGAUUUGCAAAAAGCGGACUGAUCGAUGAUCUCAUUUUUCUUGAUGAUUUGACACCGAAUAGAAAAAGCGUUCCGUUUUGGCGGUUUUGCGUUGUUGUUUCCAAUAAUGGCCACAAAGUAGCUCUGUAUGAAUGCCAAAGCUGGAAAUGUCUCGGUAGAAUUCGUUUUGAGACAACACGAGCAAUCAACAAAUUCAUCAGUAUUCCCGAUCCAACUGCUAACUUUAUCCAUCUUUUAGAUGUUGACGGAAUGAAAGUAUACACGGUUGAAAUUAUGAAUUCAUUCCGUAGCAAUGAGCAACCUCGUUUCAUUGGAAUCACUCAGACUUCAUUCUGCCACCCCAUUUUCUCAAUUUCACCUAUUUCUUCCACUACAUUUGAUAUAUCGUCAGAAGAUUCCGAAGAUGAUCUUUUUAACAAUGAUAGCAAUGAUGAUGCGACUGAUGACGAGUCAGAUGCUAGUGAAUCAGGCGAAAUAAAAAUGAAACAUGUGAAAACCAAGAGAUAUUUCGUUGCCAUGGGAAAACGUAGUAUGCUAGAGUUACAAUUGACUUUGAAGAAACACAUUCCUUCACCACUUGUGAAUUUCGUCGAAUCUUCUGAGAAAGAGACAAGUCCUUCUGUAUAUGUGGACACCGAGCAGGAGCCACUCAACUCUUUAACACUACAGGGGCUAUUGAUGCAAAAAACAACUUCUAAUUCUGGUCUUAACCUUGAGGUAGUCAAUCAAAAGUUGGACGAUGUUAUUGCUGCAUUGGGUCGCAUUGAAGCAGAGAGAAAAGAGAAUAAUGAAGUUAUGGUGCAACAAAUUAUCAGCGCACUGGAUGAGAACAUUCGGAUGAGAGAAGGAUAUAUGCUCAAUCGCAUCGAGCAACUCUGUGAGAAUGGGCGACUCGAUACGAUAGCAGCACUUCGCAGUGGAAUCCACAAUCUGAAUGAACAGAUCGUCAGCUCAGUUCGGUCUAGCGGAGUAGAAACAGCGGAGUACAUCAGCCAACGUGUUGGAAGUUCUGCUAGAAAUGCUCUAACCGAUUGUAUUCUUCCAUCUUUCGAACGAAGCUGUGAAGUUCUUUUCGAACGCCUGAAUGAGCAUUUCAGAUGUGGAAUCAAUGAGUAUCUUACUUCUACUUCCCAAUUGAUUCAAGGAACUGCAAUGGCGACAAUGCAGAUUGCAGCGCAACAACAACAACAACAACAACAGAAAAAUGAAAUGGAUAGAGUAGCACUUCUUCGAAUGAUUGACACUGACCCUGAAGGUGCACUUGAGGCUGCACUCAAUAAAGCCAACGAAAGCCUUCUCGAAUUUGUUUGCUCCAAAAUCAAUCCAGAAAAGAUUUUGAUUCCCGGAAACACGAAGUUGAGCCAAAGAUGUCUUCUUGCUCUGGUGUCACAGUUCACCGUUUCUCUCAACAGAGACCGAGAUCUUAAAUUCAGAUGGAUCGAGCUUGUUAUUCCAGAGAUUGAUAUGAGUGAUCCAGAGAUCAUUCUUGUUGUGACUCCUGUUGCUCAAAAGCUUCUGAUGUCACUUCAAGAAUUGAUUGAAAACUCGCCAGACGAGCAAGUACGCCGAUAUGUUCGUUUGCUGUAUCAGAUGACUCGCUCAUCUCUUCUCCAGCCUGCAACACCAUCACAGAGAACAUCAACAUCUGUCCUCUCGAAGUUUCUUUCGGAUCACUCUCAACAAUAA